AACGGGAUAUGGGAUUAGCUCAGAACCGCACGCUUCUCCUCCGCACUUGCUCGCCUCUGCCUCCGCCCCAUCGAGAUCCGAACCAGAGCUUCUCAUCGACGCACAACAUUGAUGACAACAAGGGAAUAUUUGAGCAGCGUUUAACAUAACGUAUUUAAGCGAAUCCAUAGGCUAUUAGAUUGACAACGUUUUAAAUAAUAAUAAUGUUCCGAAUGAGGCAGCCGUUUGAGAGCGAGAAGCUCCAACUCCAGGAGCUCAACCAAAAACUCAGCCAGUACCUAAUGCGCGCGAAGCAGCUGGAGCAAGAAAAUACCUGCUUGGUAAGCGAAAUAAAUUCAAUCAGACAGAACAGGUCUGGAGAAUGGGAAAACAAACACAUGUUAGAGUUACGGGAGAUGCGAAGACUGCUGGAGCGCUUAUCUUUCGAGAAAUGCAGAGCAGAGAUGGAGCGCGAGAAGCUGCGCAAUGAACUUCAGAUGCUUCACGCGAUGCGUUCAGAGGAGGCUUCGGUGAGCAAAGGCAUCGGCAGUGAGAUUAAAGGGUGUGAGAGGCAGCUCCAUCAUGAUCUUCAGACUAACAUUGCGUUGGAAGAUCGUCUCAUUCAGCUCGAAAACGAAUACAAGUUUUUGGAAGAUGCCCACAGAAAAGAAAUUGCCCACCUGAGGGACCAGGUGCACUCUCGAACUGUACGUGUUGUCACUCAAACGCAUCACGCGCCUACAACUGUUACGGUGGAAGAGGUGCAGGAGUAUGCUGCCAACUUUACAGAGAGCUGGAAAGAGACAUUGGACAUGUACCGCCUGAAGGUAGAGGAAAUCGAAGGGUCUAUCAAAGCCGACCAGGCGAGGCUGGAAGAUAUUCAGAGGGAAAAGAGGGAAUACGCUUUACAAUUCAAAAGGCUGCGUGAAGAAAUUGAGCAACAAACUCAUGUGCAGCUGAACCUUGAAGAGAGGCUCAUGAACAUGCAGGAACAUUUCAGAGCUGAAAUCAAUCAGUAUCAGGUUAUUAUUGAGGAUCUGGAGUAUGAGCGCAGGUUGCUGUCCAACACCAUCUCGGAGAAGCUGAAGGACCAUCAGAAUCUCGUACAGGUCAAAAUGGGUCUUGCUCUGGAAGUGGCUACAUACAGGCAACUCUUGGAAGGAGGAGGACAUGCUCAAAUGUGGUCUAAUCAGCAGUCAAGAGAACGAAAAAUAGAUAUAAAAAUGCCAGCCCACCCUUUCACGCCAAGAGUCUCUAGCGCUCCGAGAAGUCAACCAGAUAUGAGAAAACACUUCAAAGGAUAUGAUGUUAAAUAUAUGGAGCCUAUUUCCAGCAUGAGAACUUCAGAUGUAUCAAGUCAGUUUUAUUCUCAUGGACCCUCUAGGAUAGUGCCCAUCAGUGUAUCAAAUCGUUCACAGCAAAGUCCUGCUUCAAGAAGGGACAUGAUUUCCUUCACCAAAGCAGCACAGGCAGCUGCUGCCAGUUCCCCCAAAGAGGUUUCGAAGCAUCUCCUGCCCAAAAUUGAAAGUGCAUCAACCUCUAAAAUCUCACAAAUAGCACAACCAAAGCCAGUGAAAGUGUUAUCGCCAAUAAGCUUGAGCAAGGCCACCAUUGAAGAAAGCCACCAGAAAGAUGUCGAAAUGAAAGAAAAGAGAAUGGAUGGCAAGAUAACAGUGAAAGAAGAAAGAGAGUACGUCAAAGUAGAAGAAUCAAAAACUAAAGACAAAAGAGAGUUUGAAAGCCACCAGAAAGAUGUUGAAAAGAGAAUGAAUGCCAAACAAGAUACAGACAGAGCCAAGGCAACAGUGAAAUAUGAAACACAACAUGUCAAACCUAUUGAUGAGAGAGAGUCUAAGGUAUUUGUAGGUGAGGAAAAAGUCUUAGAUGCCGAUUUAAUGGAAGAAAUAAUGCAGCAGGUCAUGAAACCUGCUGGUUUGGAUACAAAGGUCAGCUCAUCCCCUGACUCAAAAUUCACAUAUCAUGUGGAGAAAACAAAGCAAGAUGAUGGAACCACCAAAACUCAGAUUGUCUUACAAACUAAAGUGGAGGAAGAGCUAGACCUGUCUGAAGGUUCUGGCAUGGAGGAACUUCUCAGCAAGGGAGUCAAGAAAGUCAACCUAGAGAACAUCAAAGGAACCCCAACAGGAAACAUGAUCGAGAACCUGUUGAGUCUUGGCUUUCAAGGUGAGAGCUUGGGAAACAGGUUGGUGAAUGUGGAGAUAAUAGAGGAACCUGUGGAGUCUCAAAGUGAUGAGGAAGGUGAAACUGAAAUAAAGGAGACAGUGGAGAUUAAGUCCCAACAACCAAACAUCAAACCCUCAUCAAUGUUCUUCCAAAUCGAGGAGCUAGAAAGUGACCCUAAGACCACAAAUCCCUGUAAGAGCAGUUCUAAGACAGUUGAAAAGAUUAAAGAUGAAAGUUUACCCUAUUUCUCCCAUGGCCAAGAGCCACAAGAAUACUUUGUCUCUACUCCUGAGGACAAUAUGUCAGAGGAGGGUGGACGGUUUAUGUCUUUUACCCAUUAUGGAGUUGUGGAUGAUCUGUCUGAUGAAAGAUAUUACCAGGAGGACGAGCCCAAAAUGUCGACUAAGGAAGGUCACAGUUACAGAGAUUCACCUGAAUAUAGCGACCAGUCAUUUGUGAGAGACAGUAUCCAAGAAUGCAUUAUUGAAGAGGAGGUUCUUGUCUCUCCAACGCUGCAAAAGUCCAUAGUGGGAAUGCUGACAGUGGAGUCACUAGACCCCAAAAAGCAGCUGAGAGAAGCACUAGAGCAAAUCCAAGGUAAUGUCUCUGGGGCCCUGAAGGAAGAACUUGCAUUUUUUACUAAUAGUGGGGAGACCCCAGACAAUGUCUCAGUGGACAUCAAGAAAGUAGAACAAGCCACAGAUAAUGGAACCAUGACCAUUGUAGCAGAGCUUAAUAUAUCCCAGACUUUGAAGGAUUCUGGACUGCUGGAGGAGGAACAAGAUGAUCCAUCGGAAGAGCAGAUAAUGGCAGCAUUGAGCUCAUCUCACCCUGGAAUCCAGCAGGCCCUCAGAGGUGGAGCUGGAAUAGGAUACACUAUGAAAGUUUCCCAAGAGGAGUUUCAAACAGAGGGAAUGCCGUGGAUGACCAGCAAUGAAGAGAUUGGACAUUGGAGCUCUGAUGAGGUCAGCAAGACAGAGAAACACAUCAAGCUGGGUCCUAGUGAGAGAUCCUUCACAUUUCAAAUGGAUGUGAACAACAGCACCUCUGCAUCAGCCAGUGAAGGAACCAGUGAAGCUGAAGAACGAAGAGGCAGCGGAGCUGUUGAGUUUUUGCAGACCCAGAUGAUUGACCCUCAUUUGAAGGUCUGUCAUGAGAAGAGAAUCGCAACUGUUUAUCUUGAAAGCCCCAAACACGACUGAGGCUAAAAUGAAAUUGCACUUCAAAUUACUAAUUAUAUCUUGAAAUAACAAUUAUGUUCACAUAAUUCAUUAUGAAUUUGGAUAAAAGCAAUCAGGUGUUGUAAACCACAAUAAAAAAAAUCCAUGAGUGAUUUCCUGUUUAAUCUGUCAAGUUAAAUGGACAGUUCACCCAAAAAUGAAAACUCUGUCAUCAUUUACCCUUGUGUUGUUCCAAACCUGCAUGACUGCCUUCCAUGGAGCACAAAAAAUGUUAGGCAGAAUAAUAGCCUCAGUCACCAUUUGCUUUCAUUGCAUCUUAUUUCCAUACCAUGAAAGUGAAUGAGUGAGUGAAUGAAUUCUGCCUAACGUCUCCUUUUGUGUUCCACAGAAGAAAUUAAGUAAUAUGUGAUUAAAACCACAUCAGGGUGAGUAACGUUUGACAGAAUUAAAAUUUUUGGGUGAACAAUCCCUUUAUUCACUGUUUUGGUUUGAUAUAGAGUACAAAUUGUUGUAUUAGCUUUUAUUAUAUAGUUUUGCUUUAAGUAUAGAAAAAGUUAGAUAACAGUUUUAAAAAAACUUUUAUUUCUUUAUCCUCUUGUAAAAAUAUACAUUGUAUGCUAUAUAAAAUGCACAGUUUGUUCUAGUUUCCAUGACAGUGAGAAUACAAGCUUGGCAUGUUUUUAAGAAAAUUCAUGUGAAAUAUCAAGUUAAACGGAGAGUGAAUAGAUUGAGAUGGAAAAUAUGCAUAAAUUGUAGUAUAAUGCUUGCUUUGACUGACUAUAUUUAUGUGAGUAUAUUCAAAACUGUAUUCACAGUAUGACAGAGACCUUAGAAGAAUAUUUGUCACAAAUUUGGAAAUUUUGGAUUUUUAGGUUACGCCCACAAAAUUAACUGACUUAUGCAGUGUUGUAUAUUUGGCCACAUACACAGUGUAUAGCUUUGCAUAAGGCAGGAAAUAGACUGUCCUUCCAGUCUUCCAGAGAUCUCUUAAUCCUUAAAUUACAUUAGACCAGCGAAGACUAAUCUAGCAAUCCCGCUCUAACAGGACAACACAUUUUUCAUUGCCCUGUUUAUGAGCAGAGGAAGAGAGAGAACAUGUGUGAAUAAAAAAUAAAUAAAUCAUGCAAUAAAAUAAGUUCUAGGCAGCUUACACAGAAGUGUGUAAGUGCUUCAAGAAUAGCUAGCUGGUUGCUAAUAAGUCUGUGUCACAGCCUAUUACCCAUAUUCAGAUUGAGGAUUCACUUCCACUGAAGGAGUGUGUCUAAUGUGUGUCUAUUUUAGGAUUCAUACUCUGUCUUAAGACUUUCCAUCGAUACCUCAAAGGUAAAAUAGUGUAACAACUUUGGACUAAAGAUUUACAAAGGAGUAAACAUUUUAGUUUCCUCCAUUUUUGUAAUACCUUCAUAAAUUCUGCUACAUCUUGACAUAUAUCAGACAUUUUCAUGUUAGUCAGUGGAACUGUCCUGCGCUUACAAUAUUAACAAUAGAGUGUCAUUUAUAAUGAGAAAUCAUAUAACAUCAUUUCAAAAUUUGCUUACUGAAAAAUUAGGCUCUCAUUUAAUCUCAUUAAACAUUCAUAAUCAUAAUUUUCUCAUCAUGUUGUAUACAAUAUAAUUAUUAAUCAACAACAAGCACUAUGCUUGAGGAUUCCUUUGAGAUGGCGUUUCAUCACCUGAUGAAGUUUGCCUGAAUAUAUGGAUAGGGUUCAAUUAUUCAAAAACACUUUGUGAUCCCUUGUAUUGUGGAUAUAUAGUGUAUGCAGAUUUACAGUGCAGUAUGCUAUACUUUUUUACUGCCACAGCAAUGAUUGGUUUGGCUUGGCAGACUAAUAUGAAAUAUUCACAAAAGUUCUGUUUUGUGGCCAUAUUAAGAAACAGACUUGGUAUCUUGUCUGCUCACUGUCUGAACAUUGGUCCACAUGUAAAGUACAUACACAAUAAACAAACCCUUUCAGACAAGCACAGAGUUUGUG